AUGGCCCUAACCAUGGUGCCAGGCUUUACCUCCUGCAACAACCAACCAGAAAGCCUGCUGGAGGCCAAAUCCUUGUUGAGGAUGGUUCCUGUCGGCGACAUCAGUAUCGAUCCGGAGAGGGCCAACGACUUCCUGAGCCAUUCCAGGCCCAAGAGGAACGUGGACCCCAAAUGGUACCGAGGCAACCCGGACUUCCAGGCCUACUACCGCUACUACAGCAGCAUCGGACACACCGAGGGGCUGUAUGAAAUCGACAAGCUGAGGAUGUUGUACCAGCAGAUGAGGCAGUUGGAGCACAUGUACGGCCCCAACGCCUCGUACUUCCAGAACAAGCUGGGGGUCCCUCAGGUCACGUGUGACCCGACCACAGACAAGAAGUGCAAGGUGGUGGUCCUUCCUCCUCCGCCCAUGAAAGGCGUCCCCAAGGCCACCGAGCCGCCCGUCACCGCGCCUCCUCCCCUUCUUCGCGCCCCCGCCAUCUCCCAGGCAGACGUGCUCUACCUGUGCAACAGUAAGGACCCCCUGUGCAAACCCCACAUCGUCUACCUCCCCGCCGGCGCCGUGCCCGUCCUCUGCGACCCCCGGUACCACCCCCACUGCACGCCUCAGAAGGUGCCGCCCGCCCCGGCCUCGCCGCCCCGGCCGCCGCCUCCGAUAAAGUUUGCGCCGCCGCCCGUCCUGGUCAAAAAAUCUCCACCGCCGCCCCCCAUCCGCACAUUCAAGGGCAUGGAGUACGACUGCGACCCGUACUGGGACCCCGACUGCCUCGUCGACCACCCGCCCAAACCCCUCAAGGGGGAAGUUAUGGGACCUCCGCCACCCCCACCCGAAGAAGAGAAGGAGCAACCUGUACAAGAGCCUGCACCACCUCCUCCACCCAUCCAGAAGAAGGGCCUCCCCUUCCCCUUCCCCUACUACCACCCCCCCAUGCCCUACGACCCCCGCGAUGAGCUGUACGACCCGGCCCGCUUCCAGUAUCCUCAACCAGAAGCACCUGCAGACGAGCCCGAAGACGAAACCCAAUAG